AUGGCAACCGGUAGCGGCAAAACUUUAAUGAUGGCUGGAUUAAUUUUGUAUUUAUACGAAAAAGGCUAUCAAGUAGACAAUUUUCAAACUACCGACAAUGACAAUAUUAAUAUUUGUUUUGAAACCAUUCAGGGGCUUCAUACUCGAUUAAACACUCCGCGAGAAAAUAGUUUAACCUACGAGGACUUUCAAGACCAAAAAAUUGUUCUUAUUUCUGAUGAAGUCCAUCAUAUCAAUGUGGAAACCAAAUCUGGUUCACAACUUUCAAAAGAGGAAAGAGAAGAAAUAAAAGUAAAAGUAUUGCAAACGGAUGCUGAACUUUUUGACCGUGCUCUCCAAGCAGUAUUACUUAGCCAAUAUCGCCGCAAGAUAUUUGAAAAAAAUGGAAAAGUAGUAAAGCCAGUAAUUUUAUUUAAAUCUAAAACUAUUAGCGAGAGCAAAGAAUUUCAAAACGAAUUUAUAAGAGGCAUGGCAACUCUUACAAGCGAUAAACUUAGCAAGAUUGAAGUAAAUGCUAAAGACGAAUUUCUGACAAAAAUAUUUAAAUAUCUUGCUAAUAAUAAUAUCUCCUUAGAUAAUUUUGUUAUCGAAAUUAAAGAAGAUUUCUCGGCCGAAAAAACUAUUUCAGUAAAUAGUAAGGAAGAAAGCGAAGAAAAACAAUUAGCAGUGAAUACUCUCGAAGACCCUAAUAAUGAAUAUCGGGCUAUCUUUGCGGUUGACAAACUUAACGAAGGUUGGGAUGUGCUUAAUCUUUUCGAUAUUGUUCGUUUGUAUGAUACUCGUGAUGCCAAAAAUAAUAUACCCGGACCAACUACUAUCAAAGAAGCUCAAUUAAUCGGGCGAGGAGCCAGAUAUUAUCCAUUUAAAAUUAAUGAUGCUGAUGACCCUUCCCAGCGAAAAUUUGACUAUGAUAUUCAAAAUGAGAUGAAAAUUUGUGAAGAAUUAUACUAUCAUAGCAGUUAUAAUCCAAGAUACAUUCAAGAAUUAAAUUCUGUUCUAGCAAAAACUGGAAUUAUCCCUGACAAUACGAUUAAAAGAAAACUUAUCAUUAAAAAUGAAUUUAAAAAUACUGAAUUUUAUAAAUCAGGUCUUUUGUUCCUUAAUCAACCAGAAAAAUAUCCCCGAGAAGAUGUCUUUGAAUUGCCAUCUUCAAUACGGGAUUUUCCCUACAAAGUUUCUCUCCAAACCGGACUUAAUCUUUCCCGAGACCUCUUUGCAGAACAAACUAAAAAGGGUAUUGAAACAAAAGAAAAAGAUUUUUGGAUAAAAGGUUUAAGACUGCAAAUUGUCAAAAAAACUCUUUAUAAAUUUGAUUUUUAUUCGUUUUCCAACUUGAGAAAAUGGUUUCCUAAUCUCGAGAAAAUAAAUGAGUUUAUUGAAAAAAAGGAAUAUUUAGGAGGAGUUAAAAUAACUGUUUCUGGCUUAGCAUCUCAACUGGAAAAAUUAAAGUCUAAUGAUGAACUUGACAUUUUAGUAAAAGUGGUUGGACAAAUUGCUUCUAAUUUAGCUUCUAGCCAUCCCGAAUUUAGAGGAAGUAAAGAAUUUAAACGCAUUUUAUUAAAAGAAAAAAUUAGCGAUAAGGAACUUAAUUUCGCUUCAAACGAAAGUGGAGAUAAAGAAACGGGAAAAUCAAUGAAUAACUUUCAGGAGACUAAAAUUCCUUUAGAUCUUAGCAGCAGGCCUUGA